AUGUCCCAUGACUGACGUGUGCUCCCUCUUCUUGCAGGCUCUGCACAACAGCUAUUCGCGGAGCCUGGACACCAUCCUCAGGGGCCAGCUAACAGAGACCCCCACCAUGGAGAAGCUGCAGCACCUCCUGGAGCACAUCCAUCGCUCUCUCCUGGCAAACAACCCCCAGGAGAGAGCCAGGGCCGUCCAGACCAGUGCGGCCCUGCUCCAGUUUGCCAUCUCCCUGCCUGGAUUUGACACCUCCUCCGCCUUCUCCAAGGCAGGUGAAUUCAUUCUGCAGCUGGGUCUCUGGAUAUCCCACCCAGCCAGUGAUAUCAGUCAGCAUGCCAGGGCUGGGAUAUACUGGCUUUACUGGCUCCUGCUCCGGAAGAGGGGGCUCAACACCAGCGAGGCCCCAGACUUGUGGUGCCGGGACGGGCUCCAUGACCCCGAACGCCUGGGGUAUAGAAACCUGGCCAGGGUGGGAGAGGCCUUUGGCGAGCUGUUCACAGAGGAGCAGAAAAGAUCUUUCCUCCAGGAGGGCCUGCUGGCCAUUCACCACCCCCUCCUCCGCGUCAGCCAGGCUGGCCUGGUGCUGACGUAUUCCAUCCUGGGGGAAGCCGGCCAGCUGCUAGAGGACGAGGAGGACAUCACAGCCUACAUAAAGAUCCAGCUGUUUAACAUCAGGGUCUUGGGCCAGGUGCCCGACGCCCUGCAGGGGCUGUGCUCCAUGGGGCAGCACUGAAGACCCCCCCCUCGCAUGACCAGCUCAGACCCCCUGCCGCAGCCUCGCUCCAGGCCCUCCACCCACCCGCUCCAGCCCUGCCACCUCCU